AUGCCUCGAUUUGCUCCCAUUCCUCCAGAGUCCCUCACCCCGGAUCAACGGGCGAUCCAUGACCACAUCGACUCUGUGUACAACACGGCUUCUGGAUCCAGCCCGCCGUUCACUAUGAAGGAUCACACUGGAGCUCUACUGGGGCCGUUUCCCAUGAUGAUUCACGCCCCUUUCUUCGGCACCGCAUGGUUUGACCACAUCAUGACGGUCUCUUCACACCCCGCGCUGGAGCCCCGGGCCCGCGAACUCGCCAUUCUUGCAGUCGGCGCCCAUUACCACUGCCCGUACGAAUUGUAUGCACAUAAGCGCGUUGCACUUCUGCCGGCGCUUGGCAUGUCGCAGACGCAAGUGACGGAUGCGAGUGAGGGCAAGGUCCCCGACGGGCUCAGUCCCGCGGAACAAGUGGCCUAUGAGUUUGCUAUGGAGAUGCUCAAUAGCAAGGGGCCGGUAGCGAAGCCACAUUAUGACCAUGCUGUCGCUCUAUUAGGCAAGGAAAGCGUAUUAAUACUUAUGCAGCUUGUUGGCGUCUACUCAUUUGUUUGUUUGAUGCUGAAUGGAGCUGCCACCGAGGUGCCCGAGUAG